GACGUUCUCAGGCGCGUACUUCUGAUAGCUUCGUGCUGCUUCGCCAAUGGCGCAGCGCCACGUGGCCGCGACUAUCGCAGCGCGAAGGCGCUUAGUCCAUCGCGCAUUCCGGGUUAGCGAUGUCGUUGACGGCGCUUGUCGCGGCCAGCCGUACGAUGCGUUCGUCAGAUCCGUUGGAUCUCGAAGCGCCGAUCCUGAUCGGACGCUCCUCACAUCGCUCCCGAUCCUUCCCACCAGGGUCCGAUCGCAUGCAGCUGUUUGUGAAUAUAGCGAAAGCAUAUCGCCACUUUUCAAUAGCCAUACCUUCAACCGACCCUAUUCCCUCGCCGCAAGAACACCCGCCGGCGUUAGUGAGGGACCCGAUCGGAGUGAAUCUAGCGGCGGUAGGAUGAGGGGGCAGCAUUCAGCGGCGGGCGAGACGGCGUACGCGCGGAACUUGAACGAGUACAACGCCGUCGCGCUCGAGCUGUCGCGCUGCAGAAAACCAUUCCUGAUGCGCGGGCUGUACAGCGACAUGCUAAUGGACGGCGUGGCGCCCAACUUCUUCACCUUCCACGCCGCCAUCACGGCGUGCAUGCGCGCAGGGCGCCUGCAUGACGUCAUCUUCUUCUUCAACCAGAUGAAGGCCCGCGGGAUCACACCCGAUCGCUACAUGUUCAACUGUGUGAUGUCAGCCUGCAGUCGCAGCGGGCACACGGACCGCGCGUUCAGGGUGGCGGAGGAGAUGCAGGCGGCGGGCUUCGCGGGCAACAUCCGCACCUUCCAGGCGCUGCUGAGCGCGUGCAGCGCCAGCGGGCGCCACAUUGAAGCGCAGCAGGUGAUGGAGCGGAUGGCAGCAGAAGGGGUGGCGCUGAACAAGUUCUGCUACUCCGCGCUCAUCACCCUGCACCAGAACCGCCGACCCUUCUCGCCACACACCGUGGAGAAGAUCUUCUCUCUCUUGGAGGAGUCUCAGGCUGUGCCCACCUUCUCCCUCGACACUGAGCUUGCGGGAACCACCGACCUCAGCGCCGCACUGCCCGUGGGCCUGUCGCCCCUCUCCGCGCUGCACGUGGACAUGGAGGAGGAGCUGGCCCUUGUGCCGCAGGAGGGGGCGCUCUCAGACGUGGGGGCCUAUGGCGGGCAGGGCGCAGGGAGGGGCCGGGGAGGGGGAAUGAGUGAGCGGGGGGGGGUGGAGGAUGGGGCGGAAGGGGCGGGAGCGGGAGCGGGGAGAGGAGGCGGGGGCGAGGCGGUGUAUGCGAGUGCGGAGGUGGUGGUGCACCGCGCGGCGCUCAGGGCGUUCCUGGACGCGCAGCACCUGCAGGGAGCGGUGCGCCUGGUGCGGAUGAUUGAGGAGAGCGGCAUCGUGCCUGAUGCCGCCAUGCAGACGCUCCUCCUCAGGGUGCAACUUUUAGCCAACAAUGAGGCAGAGGCGCUCAAGCUAGCAGACAAGUACUACGGCGCACAAGCCCGGCCAUACAUCGAUCAAUUUGUGCAAGCCAUCUCGUUCAGUCUGAGGGACCAGCGCCCCAUUGGCAUGACUCUCGCGCUGCGCCUGCUGGCGCUCUUCUUCGCCCACGGCUUCUACUUCACUCGCAAGAAGGGCAGCCAGCUGCUGCAAGAGGCAAUUGCCACCGAUCAGGUGCGCGGCAUGGCAGCGGCGGACCUGCUGUUUGAGCACCUGGUGGAGAAGCACCAGGCGCUGGAGUUUGAUGCUGUCCUCGACUACAUGCGCGCGCUCCGGCGUCGGCAUACGCCGAAGACGGACCACCGUUGGUUGCUGAUCCAGGAGUUUAUCAAGAGGCGGCAGAGCAUUCGAGGACUAUGGAUGAAGGGGUUGCAAAUGGGUGGGCAUGAGGGCGAGUCAAGCAUGCCGCAUGAGACUGACGGAGUGGAGAAGGAUGAUAGGGAGGAUGACGCCCAUAACCACCCUGCUUUAUAGAGCUUUAUGACCUGACCAUUGUGAAACGUUUCUACCAAUUUUUAAAUGGUUAUUUUUCCCGAAUACGUACACCAGCUUGCACUG